AUGGACACGAGGCUCUGUGCUGCUGUGAUGCUGCUAUCAGUGUGUUCAGGUGAGAAUAUUUUAAACCCCGGACCGUUGAAUGGAGCUGUAGGAGGCAGAGUGAAGUUCACCACCAGCCUCAGCCCCCCACAGAGCCCAUUUCUGUCUGUCAGCUGGAGCUUUAAGGGCGUGAACAUCAUCACUUCCACCAGCAUCAACAUCACAGAGCCAGGACACACCAACAGGAUCUCAUUAGAUCGAACUACAGGAGCGCUGGAGCUCAGGAACCUGGUGCUGGAGGACAGCGGGGAGUACACACUCACCAUCGUGCCCGACGGAGGGCUGCAGAGAAAAGGGAUGAUCACUCUCAAUGUGUAUGUGAUGAUAACUGGAGUCAGCAUUCGCAGCCCUGCAGCCGUCCUGAUAGAAAAUCAAAGCUCCACCAGCAUCACCUGCGAGGCCUCCGGCUCCGUCAUCACCAGAGAGUGGAUGAAAGAUGGCCGUCCUCUUGAUUUUGGGCAGAGCAUCAGCUUAUCGACGGACAACAGCACCGUGCUCAUACAACCCGUCCACAGCUCCAACCACGGCAACUACCAGUGUAGAGUCAGCAAUCCAGUCAGCAGCCAGACCGCGGCUCUCCAUCUCACUGUCAACUAUGGACCGUAUAACACAUCAGUUAUUGGGCCGUCAGCAGCUUGGCCUGGCCACAGAGUGAUACUGCAGUGCACAGCAGUUUCUGUUCCUCCAGCAAACUUCAGCUGGACAUUUAAUGGAAAUGAAACGCAUGUCAACACCUCCAUGUUUGUUAUAGAGAAGUUAGAGGCUGAAGACAUUGGAAAUUACACCUGCACUGCCAGAAACAUGGUGACCAGGAAGGAAAACUCUGCCGUUCUGGAUCUGAGAGCAUCCUGUACUGCCCCCUGUUGGUCAUUCUCAGCUUUGGUCAUCAGUGUAAUUAAUCUGAUGGGGUUAAUGUAAGACAACAGAUGAACGCAGCUAAUGAAGAAAACCUUUCAAGAAGCGUAGGACUUUGCCGAAAGCUCAGAAAGACCUGAUUUGAAAUGGAAGUCUUGCACUUCUAAGAUCUUGUUUUGAAAUUUAAAUAGAUAUUCAUGUAUUUUUUUUUGUACUUUUGUAUGUCUGUUGGUUUUUUUAUUAUUUUAUUUGAUAUGUUACACAUAAAUUCUUUGGAAAUAUACACUUGCUGAAGAAAUUAGCACUUUUAGUUUCUGCUGAAUACAUAUUGAUUCACCAAUUAUUAAUAAUUAACAGUCUAACUCUGUUUUAAAUAAUUUAAUUAUUUCUACUCCACUGUCAGUCUUUUGAUUUUCUGUGGGAGUAAAUAUUCUAAUGAUCUUUACUGAUGGAAAGAUCAUCUUCUUAGUGAAUAAUACACACACCCACAGACACAUGAACGCCAACUAAAUCCAAAGAGAAUUUAAAUAUUUCUUUAUAUUCGUGAGUAUCAACACAGGACCUGACACGUCCCACAAAAUAAAAAUUGAGUGGUUUUCCAGCAGACAUUAAUCUUUUUUGUCUUUUUAGGUUUGUCACUAAUCAUUUCUUGUUUUAUGUAAAAAUCUACCAUACAACGAACAGGACAAUUUUUACUGAGGUCUUUCUGUUAAUAGAAAACUUUGGAUGUAGAGCUUCAACUUUGUUAUUAGCUGUAAUUCCUGAUAUUUUUUCACCUUCAUCUUUACAUGCUGGAAUGGAGUUAAAUGAAACCAGCAUGGAUCACUGACCUCAUUGCCUACUUGGACACCUGGGAGCUCCUGAAUGUGGGACUGGAGGAGAUGUUUAUAUGUCACCUAUUUGAGUAACUUUACUAAAAAAGAUCAAUAUGAUGAGACUGAGUUAAGGUUUGAAUGAAACCACUUUCCUUUCCCAUAUUCUUCAGGCUGCUGUCAUCCUAUUUUUA